CGAACUUAAGGGCCAAUAUUCAGAUAUUUCCUGCUAAAUUCAUCAAAUAUUUCAAUUAACAAAGAAUCUGUCAGUAUCCAAUAACUACUUUGCAAUUGGAUAAACUUAUUUUCUUUUUAUUAUUUCACAUUAAAUAAGCUAAUAAAUCUGUGACUUUCUCCAGCGAGUCUUUACACAAAAAACUGCAUGGGUGGGCAGUUGCAAUUGAAUCCUUGUUCUUCAUCUUCAGUUGCUAGUACUUUCCAUAAUGGGGCACAUAAUUUUUGCAGAAAGUUUAAUAUUUUACCAUUUAAAGCCCAUUCCCUUGAAUCUUCAGUUGCUAGUACUUUUCAAAAUGGAAUUUACUCAAGAAUCCAACCAAGAAAACAUUUUGAGAUCAUGUCAUCAAAUGGGUUUCAUCUGAAUGCUGUGUCUUUCCUGGAUGGUUCGGCUUCAAAAUCUAUGCCAGAACAAGUGGCUUUGACAGAGUUAGAAAAUGCAGCGACCACGGUCAGCAUAACUGUUAUUGGAGCUUCAGGUGACCUAGCCAAGAAGAAGAUUUUUCCAGCUUUAUUUGCUCUUUUCUAUGAAGAUUGUUUGCCUGAGAAUUUUAUGGUUUUUGGUUAUUCACGAACAAAAAUGAGUGAUGAAGAGCUGAGAAACAUGAUCAGUAAGACCUUAACUUGUAGAAUUGAUCAGAGAGAGAAUUGCGAGGCUAAAAUGGACCACUUUCUGGAAAGAUGCUUUUACCAUUCGGGUCAGUACAAUUCUGAGGAUGAUUUUGCAGAACUGGAUUACAAAUUAAAGGAAAAGGAGGUAAUUCAUGUGGUUGUACUUAUCGGUGUUGCAGUCUGUUUUUGCACGUCUAGAAAGAAACUAUAACAGUAAACUGAAUGCCAUCUUUACAUCUUAUCCAUAUAAGUAACCAAUCAUCUUAAUUAGUUUAAUGUUUUUCUACUACUAAGAUUUUAAUUCUUGACAAGUCUCUACAUCUUUUAAGUAUUAUCUAUGUAAGAUACAUUGUCCAUUAAUUUGUGUGGCCACUGAAUAUCACCAACUAUGACCCUUAAAGGCAACAUCCUGUUGCUGCAAGAAGUAAGAUACAGACUUUCCGGAUAAGAAAAGGAACAUAAUAUAGACAAGAUAUGAAAUUAGUGGUUUAUUUGGUGUUUAAAAUAUUUUUGGCAAGAUAUUCGGAAUGAUUUACUCGGUGCCUUGAAGUUUGAGGUAAGAAGUCCUUCAGGUAAAAAUGGAGCUAGACAUCAUUGACUGCAGAUACUAUGGCCUAAGCACGUUUAAGUUUUGUUUUGACAUUGUGUGUCAGUGUAAAGUGAUUAUAUGAAGGAUUCAUAAUAGUUUGAUGCUUGUCUAAGUUGGAGAUGCUAGAUGACUGGACCAAGUGAAAGUUUCAUUUGGUGCAAGAGUUGAUGCACUCUCCGGAUGGAAAAACUUCUCCUGAGAAAUUCACGCCCCCCUUGAGUCUAUAAGAAUAGCAGAAUUUCACUUUAAAAAACUACCUUUUGUCCUUGAGAAUUUGCUGGGUAUAGCGGGAAAGAGAUUGACAAUAUAGUUAUAUAUCACAUAAGAAGGGUACUCUCGAUAUUUUUUUGGGGAAUUUCCUUCCUGAUCUUUUUUUUCAACUUUGGAGAAAUCUGAACUCUGAACUAUGGGGAAAUCUGUAAAAGGUCUGACUCGAAGAAAGAUGUGUAUAUGUACAUAUGUACAAAAUAAAAAACUAAAACCUUAGUUUCCUUGGUUGACUGAUUCUAAUUUGAUCAACCCCUACAAUAAAUUUAAGUCGAA